AUGUACUCUCGUAUCUGGUGGUUCACAGUCUUGGCGGCACAUCUGGCUUGCGGCAAGAGACAGCUUCUGCCGGAGGACCCUGACGCAUUUCCCAAGUACUCUGUCUUGUUCCACAAUGGGUAUCCGGUUUUGAAUGAUACGGCUCAGAAAUGGCUUCACGAAGGCUUGCGAGGCGGUGAAUACGAGUUUCUCGGCCAGCCAUGGGCCGACCCAGGCGUGUCACAGAGGCCGGAAAUAGGUGACGGCCAAGCUGAUCUAGGCGCCAUUUCUCCUGCACCUGCAGGCUAUAAGCUCGAGCUCAUGCGACUGGGCUCCAAGGACAGUUAUCUGUGCCUGAUUCCACCUCCUCCGGAAUAUCAAUCAACUCCGCCGCAAGAGGAAGAGCCUACGGAAUUAACCGCUCUUCACAGCUGGUCAUUACUUCAACCGCUGGCCGGCUCCUGUAUCUACCAUCGACAAGGCUGGUUUACCUACGCAUAUUGUCACAACUCACAUGUCCGGCAAUUCCAUGAGACGAGACAGCCGCGUCCGAAUAUGGCUGGCGGCUACCAAAUUGAAGAGGAUACGGAAUGGGAGGCGUACGAUCUCGGGCGCGCUCCAGUGCCCACCAGCAACACUGACGACGUAGCCGUCGUUGAGCAGGCUGCUCUUGCUGCCAACGUUGAGCUCGCGCGCGGUGGCGCCGGCUCCAGAUACCUCGUACAACGGUGGCGCGACGGCACUACUUGUGAUAAGACCGGCCGAGGGCGGGAAAUUGAAGUACAGUUUCACUGCUCGAUGACGAUGACAGAUACAAUUCUGUUCGUCAAGGAGACCAAGACCUGCUCGUACGUGCUCGUAAUAAACACCCCACGACUCUGUGGCGAGCCUGGUUUCAAGUCGAGACUCGACCAACGCGAAGAGACGCCCAUCCGAUGCCGUCACGUCGUCGACGAGACCGGUUUCAAGACCGCGGAUCCCAGUUUGCCCGUCUCCGACAGCCCGUUCGCCAUCCCGCGACCCCGCGCGCCGAUCAUCGAGCCCCCGCCUGUUCUGAAUGUUGACCCAGAAGUCGAGUCAGCCACUGCAGCAUUGACGAAGGCCGUGCAGCUCGCGUUAGACCGCAUGAUUCACAAGGCUGGCUUCGAAACCGCCAAUGAGCUGCCUGGGACGGUGCUCAUCGAGGAUGCGGGGGAUGGAGAAAUGCUCAUCGAGUUUCUUGCCGCAGCAGACCUCAAAGGACCGCUCGAGCUCGACUUUGACAUUGAAUACGACGGAGUCGAGCGCGAAAACGGCGAGGCUGUCUUACCUGACAGUGAGCGCCUCGCGGCCGCUCUGCGGGCGGCUGGAUACAGCGUGCAAAACGUGAACGAGCAGGGCGAAUAUGAAGAGGAAUAUGAGAACGAGCAAGCCUCGGAAGGGAAGACAAAUGGCCGAUCUAUCCGGGACGAGCUGUGA